UACGAAACUAACCUAAAAAGAACUUGACAAGGUUUACGACGUUUGAGCGGUAUUUUCUAUAUGUCAUUUUGUUUGUUCCCAAGUCGAGUCUAUCCAAAGGAUGUUAGUUUAGAAAAUAAUUCAAAUCAAUUCUCGUUAAAGUGUUUUUAGUUCGAUAAAUUUCGAAACAAAAGAAAGAGCAAGAUGAGCAAGCCGAAAACGUGUACGGAUACGUUUCGCUUUGAAAGUCAACCAUUUUUUGAGCAACUCCGAAAAGCGAUUCCGAAUGACACCACAGUGAACACACAAAAUUUGAUCGAGUGUAAGGAUGACAUGCUGUUCGGUUGGAACCCGUCGGAUUCAACGGUAAUUGUGUUCAACUGGCGACUGGCUCAAACAAAAGGCGAUGAAAAUGUGAAUUUUCAAACAUUGAUCCCAUCGACUCCGGUGGAUUUUGUGGUGAACAAAGUGACAGCUUCACAUGAGGGUCAAUAUUUGGCACUCAGCGGUAACCGUGGCGUUGCUAUUCUUGAAAUCCCAUGCCGAUACGGACCAAAUGGAAUGUACAAAGAAGGAAAACCGCGAAUUUUGUGCACAACACACGUUUUGGACGACAAUUACUUUGCAUCAAACACAUUUGUGAACGUACAACAAGUUCGUUGGCAUCCGGCAUCACCGAAAGAUUGCAAUUUGAUGGUUUUGCUGUCGAAUAAUUCGAUUCGUGUCUAUGAUGACGUGAAAUUGCAACACAUUUGGAAAAUUGGACCGACACCGUGUGCAGUGCCACCGACCAAAUCAUCACUACCGUAUCUAAACAGUCUGGGUGACACAGCCAUCGACUUUGAUAUUUCAGCACCUCGUGUCACAAUGUCGGCGAAUACGACCACCACCACGGCAAACAAUGACUCAACGAUAAAUGAGAAUAUAGCGAAAAAUGUCGAAUGGCCGUUGGUCAUUUUGUGGGGAAACGGGAACUUGUACAUCGCAUUAAUUGGUUUAGACACGGAAAAACCGCGGCUACAAGGCCCAUUAUCAAUGUAUCCCGGCACAAAGGACAACUAUGGAUUGGAUUCAUGCGCCAUACUCGCAUUGCCAUCGAAUCCAACCACUUUGGUUAUUGCUGAACCAUCCGGUCGAUUGUUUCACAUGAUUUUGGUCGAAGCCGAUCCAGAGCUGAAUAAUUCGGAAAAUUUCGAUGAAACCGGCCUCAAGUAUGAACCGUGCGAAUGGAUCGUGAAUGUUGUCGAAGUUGUGGAACUGGAAUUCGGUCUGAAGAGCAACGAGAACAAAGACGAUGAAAACAAUCAGAUUUUUUUGAAGGCUGACAUCAAUAAUGAUUCACGCUAUUUCGCAUAUCACAUCGCCGGCCUACAUGCCAUUUCCAUCGAAUUUCUGCCAACGCUGCAACGAUAUUUUGAGGAAAAUGACGACUAUGACAUCGACUCCGUGCUGAACAAAGCAGCCCAUGCCGAAUACCUUGUGUGCACCAAAGCAUUGGACAAUUCCAAGUUGAACACAGUCAUUGGAUUUUCCUUGCUACAAUCACCGCCUGGAUUGGUUUUGCUGUUGAGCAGUGGCCAAGUGGUCACCCAAAACAUCAUCACCAAUCCAUCGUUUUUGCAAAGCAAUCGAUCGUUGGCUGCAUCGGAUGAAAAUACAAAAGAAAACACCGAAUCAGCGAUUAGUUCAAGGGUAUUUUCGUCCGGUUCAUUCGUUGAAAGUGUUCGGCAAAUUUUGUCAUCGGGCACAACACAACCGAUUCUAAAGUUGAAUGCGGGCAAAGAUGCAACACCGAAAGAAUCGAUCGAAUUAUUGUUGGACGCAUUUCAACGGCUUCGCGAUCAAUAUAUCACAAAGCAUGACAAUGUUCGUCAGAAAAUCGAGAAUCGUGUGAAAAUUCUGCGCGUUCUCGAUGAGCAACAGCGACAAGAAGUGGCCGAAUUGUUGCAGGAAAAGAGCAAACUACGCGAAAAUGCUGAACACUUGGCCGAAAAGUACGAGGAAAUCAAUGACCGGCAACAGGCGCUGCUGAAAAGUUUGCACGAAAUCCUGCGAUUGGUCAAUUUGCGUAUGCCCGCCGCAUUGGUGGCCGAACGCAAUUUCAGCGAACAAGUCAAUAAAAUCCAUGCGGCGACAAAAGAUCUGGCGAACAACAUUGCAGCAGCUAAGAAGAAAAUGGAAAAACAACAACAACAUGCCACUGCGGAUAAGCCAGCCAAGACACUCACAUUGCAACCAAAACAAGAAACCGUUCUAAAAGAGAUAAUAACUGAUUCAAAUAUCCAAAUCGAAGCGCAAAUCAAAGAAAUCAAACGCAUCAAGAAGACAUUGAAUAUGGAAUAAAUGCAAACAAACUUAUAUCUUCUCAUCAAUUCCAACACAAAAGAAACAUUGAAUUAAUAAAUCGAAUUUAAACAUA